AUGAGCCGAGAUAAGCGUUCGACAAUGCCUACCGAGUCCCCUCACUUCUCCCCGGUGACUGAACUUGUCUCCGGGCAGCGCUGGUGGCGUGUGGCCGCCCUCGCGGUGCUGUUGCUGGGCGUUGUAGCCUCGACGGGCUGGGCGGAGGAAGCAUCUUGCCAUGGAGCCUAUGACCUCUACUUUGUCCUGGACAAGUCAGGAAGUGUUGCCACUGACUGGUUUGAGAUCUACUCCUUUGUUAGGAAUCUUACAGACAGAUUUGUCAGUCCCAGAAUGAGAGUGUCCUUCAUUGUUUUCUCGGCUCAAGCUCAAGUCCUCCUCCCGCUGACAGGGGAUCGGUACGAGAUUGAACAAGGCCUAAAGAAACUGCGGGCUGUCUCUCCAGCUGGUGAGACGUACAUGCAUGAGGGUCUGAAAGAAGCUACGGAACAGAUCCAGAAGCAGGCCACAAAGUCGUCCAGCAUCAUCUUGGCGCUGACAGACGGCAUGCUGGAUGUGUAUGUUCACGAACUCACCAUCAAGCAGGCGGAGGAAGCAAGGAAGUAUGGCGCUCGUGUCUAUUGUGUAGGGAUCAAAGACUUUGAUGAGCAGCAGCUCGUUGACAUCGCCGACAACAAGGACCAGGUGUUUCCUGUCAAAGAUGGCUUCCAUGCUCUAAAAGGCAUCAUUAACUCUAUAUUGAAGAGAUCCUGCACAGAGAUCCUGAGCGUGGAGCCUUCCAGUGUUUGUGUCAACGAGUCAUUUGACAUCGUGCUGCGAGGAAAUGGCUUCGCGUUGGGCCGCAGCAGUGAGGGCGUUGUAUGCAGCUUCAUCGUGGACCAGCAAACUUUCAAUCAUAAGCCAAGCGCCGUGCGUAAUGACUACCUGCUCUGUCCUGCGCCCAAGCUCUACGAGGUGGGACAGACCAUGGACGUAUUGAUCAGCCUGAACAACGGCAAGUCGUUCAUCUCCGCAGCAUAUACUAUCACUGCCUCCACUUGUUCCAGUGGUCUGGUGGUGGCCAUCGUGUUCCUGGUGCUUCUGGCUCUUGUGGCUUUGGCCCUAAUGUGGUGGUUCUGGCCUCUCUGCUGCACUCUGGUCAUCAAAGACCCUCCACCACCGCCACCCCCGACAAGACCGCCACCACCUGAACCUGAAGUGGCCGGCAAGAAAAAGUGGCCAACCGUGGAUGCGUCCUAUUAUGGAGGGAGAGGAGCUGGAGGAAUCAAACGCAUGGAGGUGCGCUGGGGUGAAAAAGGUUCCACUGAAGAAGGCGCCCGUCUGGAAAAGGCCAAGAAUGCGGUGGUGUCCAUGCCUGAGGAAGCUGAGGAGCCCAUGGUAAAGCGUCCAACUACCAAGCCUGCUGCUUCCCCCUACCACCGUAGGGACAACAAGUGGUACACACCAAUCAAGGGUCGUCUGGACGCUUUGUGGGCUUUGAUGCGACGGCAGUACGAUCGAGUGUCCCUCAUGCGGCCCACCUCUGGUGAUAAGGGGGACGAGUGGGCCGAGUGA